AUGCACCAAAAGGACGAGUCUCUGGUCAUCAUGUUGAUGGAUUCUAGGGUUUUCUUACUAAAGGUCAAUCUCCAUGGAAUCCACGACGGUUAUGCUCCAUCGGCUAAGGUAGGGCAUCAAUUCAACCUUAAAGAUCCGAACUCUUCAGAAGCUGAUUCACAAGUCGAUAUUCGUAACGCCUUUCACUGCGACGGUUUACUGCUAUGCACCACUGUGGACAAUAGACUUGUUGUUUGGAAUCCAUUUUCAGGGGAAACCAAGUGGAUUAAACCGAGAGACAGGUACAAGAAAACCGACUACUAUGCUCUCGGUUACGACGAUAAAUCCUCCUGCAAGCAAUACAAGAUCUUGAGGGUGGGUCUUCAAGACCAUUUUUGGCCGAUCAAGAAUAAGUACGAGAUUUAUGACUUGGCCUCUGAUUCGUGGAGAGUGCUCGUAGUGCCUACUGAUUUGGUUUUAGCACAAUAUCGUGGUGGCGUAUCUAUCAAGGGGACUACUUAUUGGGUUGCAAGAAGACGUGCUGAUUUCUUAAUAAGUUUUGAUUUUUCAACAGAGAUGUUUCAAAGUCAUUCCCUUGCUCUUCCUCAAAGGUCUGUUUAUUGGGAUGUGUAUUUGCCAAUGGUUGGAGACGAGCAGAUUUGUCUGUUAGGUACGUCUUUGUCAGUGGUUGGAGAAGAGCAGCUUUGUCUGUUACGUACAUCGGUUGAAGAUGAGCAGCUUUUUUUUAAUGAAGAGCAGCUUGGUCUGUUAGGUACGUCUUUAUCUGCUUUUUCAAGCAGAGAUGAUUUCGAAGUAUGGGUGGCAACAACUAGAACUGGAUCAGUCAUGUCAUGGAGAGAGUACAUAGCAGCAGCAGAGAGAGAUUCUAAAUAUAUCUCAUACUAUGAAUAUAAUUUCUCUCAUGGGAUGAGUUUCUUGGCAGACGAGCAGAACAAUGUUGUAGUAGUGUAUUUGAGCCUCGACAACAUCUUACACGUUGUGAGAAAAAAUUAUCACACACAAGUGGAGAAUCUUGGUGGAGUUUCCAUACCAUCUUUCUCUGUUCUUCUGAGUUACGUUCCAAGUUUGGCUCAAAUAUCCAACAAGGUUAAUUCUCUUCCUGGAGGAUCGCUAGAGGAAAGCACAAGCAAAUGA